CCCGCCCACGCGCCGCACGCGCGGGCGCCCCACGCGCGGCCGCCCCACACGCUCCUCAACGGGCACGCCAACGGCCAUGCCAACGGCGUCAACGGAAGCGCCCGCCGGGAUGACCACUCCACGCUCUCCAGGUGCUGGGGCGCGGGCGCGGGCGCGGGCGGCGCGGAGGCGCUGUGGGAGGACCCCGAGUUCCCGGCGUCGUGGCGCGCCGUGGGCGACAAGCGCCGCGCGGCCGGCGUGCUGUGGCUGCGCCCGCAUGAGCUGUGCGCGCGGCCGACGUUCCUGCACGAGGCGGCGGUGGGCAGCGACGCCGGCUCCGAGCGCGCGCCCGCCGCCGCCGACCCCGCCGACCCCGCCGCCGACGACGACGACGAGCUGCUGGAGCCCGACCACGAGCUCGCCGCCAGGUGGAGCGUGACGGUGGGCGAGCUGGGCGACGCGAGCGUGUGCGCGGCGAGCGCGGCGCUGGCGCGGACGCCGCGCCUGCUGGCCCGCGUGGCGCCGCCGCACUCCUUCCGCCGCCGCUACACCGGCGCCUUCAGGUUCCAGUUCUGGGUGUUCGGGUCGUGGCGCGAGGUGCUGGUGGACGACCGCCUGCCCACGCGCGCCGGCCGCGCGCUCUACAGCCGCGGCGCGCUGCCCGGCGACUUCACGCUGCCGCUGCUCGAGAAGGCCUACGCCAAGCUGUACGGGUCGUACGCGGCGCUGCGCGGCGGCUGCCCGGCGCGCGCGCUGCAGGACCUGUCGGGCGGCGUGGUGCAGAGCUUCGUGCUGGCGCGGCAGGCGCGCGCGCUGACGCUGCGCGUGCUGCACUCGGCCGUGCCGCGCUCCACGCUGCUGCUGGCGGCGGGCGCGCGCGCGUGCCUGGUGACGGGGCUGGCGCGCGUGCGCGGCGCCGAGGGCGAGGCGGGCGCGCUGGUGCGGCUGCGCGCGCUGGGCGCCGGCGAGGGCGCGGGCGCGGCGGGCGCGCGGGCCGCGGACUACUGGCGCGCGCUGCCCGAGCGCGACCGCGAGCUGCUGCAGGAGCGCGCGGCGCCCGGCGAGUUCUGGAUGUCGUUCGCGGAGUUCGCGGGCGCCUUCAGCACGCUGGAGCUGGUGCACGUGGGGCCCGACGACUGGCUGCGCGAGCGCGCCCUGCACGCGCGCCGGCCCUGGCGCGCCGUGCUCGCGCGUCGCCGCUGGCGCGCCGGGUACAACGCCGGCGGCCCGCCCUCCUGCACCGAGACCACGGGCACCAACCCGCAGUUCCACGUGGGCGUGGGGCGCGGCGGCGCCGGCGGCAAGUGCCACGUGGUGGUGUCGGUGACGCAGGCCUACGAGCCGCGCGCGCGCGCCCGCCUGCACGCCAUCGGCUUCGCCGUGUACGAGCUGCCCGCCGCCGCGCCGCGCCGCCCGCUGGCGCAGCUGCACGCGCUGCGCGCGCUGGACGUGACGCACGAGUGCCGCGCGCGCGAGGUGGCCACGUUCUUCACGCUGCCGCCCGGCCACUACCUGCUGGUGCCGCACACGCGCCGCGCGCACACCGACGCCGCCUUCCUGCUGCGCAUCCUCACCGACGACCACACCGACGUCUGGGAAGUCAACGAGGACAACGUCAUCGUGCGCGACAUCUCCUCCGAGUUCUACGAUGACGGCCAGCUGAUACCCGCGGACGUCAGAGCCUCCGUCGUGAAAAUGCUCGGCAAACACGAGAUCGAUGAGGUGGACGCGGCGGGGCUGCGCGCGGCGCUGCGGCGCGUGUGGCGCUGGUGCCUGCUGGCGCGGCCGUCGCUGGAGCUGUGCCGCGCGCUGGUGGCGCUGCGCGACGCGCGCAUGAGCGGCCGCGUGCGCGCGCGCGAGCUGGGCCCGCUGCUGGCGCUGCUGGCGUGCUGGAAGCAGGCCUUCGUGCUGGCGGGCGCGCCGGGCGCGUGCGCGCGCGCCGCGUGCUCGGCCUACCGCCUGCGCGCGCUGCUGUGGGCCGCCGGCGUGACGGCGUCCAACAAGGUGCUGGAGUGCCUGGUGCUGCGGUUCGCGCGCGGCACGCGGCUGACGGCCGAGGCCUACGUGAUCGCGCUCGCCAGGCUCCACCUCGCGCACGAGCGAUACCGUGCCCUCGAUACAAAGAUGAAGUCCAAUCCUCUCUCGUUGGAAGAGAUGAUACUGAUGACCAUCUACUCGUGACGUUAAAUCAAGAACCUUCGGCCGUUGUUGAUAGCUGUAUAUUACUGUUGUUAAUGAGUUGUUGACCCGUUGUCUGUUUGUAUGAUUUUAUUUGCAUGUGGCGCGACAGUCGCAGUCACUGUGUGGCGCGGCGAGGUCUGUGUUCUCGCUCAGUAUUUAUUAAUGUUGUGUUAAGUAGUCAUAAAACGUUUUAUGUGCAGUAACCAAAGAUUCUCUUCAUUCCAAAACACCUGGAGUUUGCAGUACAAAACCGUAUUUAUAUUUGUAUUUAAAAAAGAGUUCUUUUCUUAUUUAUAUUUUUUAUUAUUAAGAUAUUGCAAUGUGAUGUGAUAUAAUGUUAUCAGUACUUAUACUUGUUUCAUUGUUUGUUGUAAUGACUCGUCUCGUUAUAUUUGUUAUUACUUCAUAAUAAUACAGUUAUUACUAUUCUACAUUAUAAUUUGUGGUCCAAUAAAUAUAAUUAUUAAUAUAUUACAACUUCGUUGUGUAUUGGUACCUAAAUAUGUAAUUGAUAUCCAAAACUUUUUAUUUCGGUGCUAAUUUAUCAUAGAUGAAAUAAAGUCAUUUUUAAUGUGUUACAUUAUUCAUUAUUUAAAAACAGAUAAAAUAUUUAAAGAUUAAAAUAUUAAUACCUACCCACAAGUUUUGCACUGGGCUAACCUCGCACAUAACCUUGUUGUAGUCAGCAAGCGGUCAAUGCCUAAGAUAGUGAUCACGACGUCAUGAACACUAUGUCAUUGUGGUGGCUAUGAAAAACUGUACCAAAUAUCCCCAAUGG